AGGAAAAGCUUGUCAGCAGAUGAACUAGUUGGACGCAGUUCGUCAUUAGUAGAGCAGUUGCGAAGUAUUGUGCAUCAAAAGUUCCAGCUUGGUUAUCAGAACAACCGCUUAAAUAACAGCAACGUAAGAUUCUCAAUCCCAAAACCGAAAAAGAUCCAAGACAAAAAUAAUGUCAACUGCUGGUGGUUUCGUUAUUUACGACUGUGAUGUUGGCAUUGAUGAUGCUUGGGGUCUUCUUAUGCUCAUCAAAGGUGAGCAGAUGUUUCGAAAACUCGCACAAAAUCUUAAAAUCAAUAAGGAAAGAGAGAAUCUACCAGAGCCUUAUAAAAUAUUGGCAAUAACUUGUGUACAGGGCAAUACCGAUGUGGAUAGUUGUGUCCGAAAUACUUUGAGAGUAUUGGAUAUUGUGGAUAGAUUAGAUAUUCCCGUUUAUAAGGGCUGUAAGAAUCCUAUCUUACCACGUAACUGGGAAUGCACUCGUUAUGCAUAUGGUGUCGAUGGUUUUGGUGAUAUUUUCGAUUUACCCGAAGUUACCUCAACUUCACCACAAACCCAACAUGCAGUCAAUGCUAUGUACUCAAUGGUUUGUAUGUAUCCAAAUAUGAUUGAUUUCAUAUUGGUUGGUCCUUUGACAAAUUUCGCCACAUGUAUUAAUAUGUAUGGCAACGAGUUUUUGAGUAAAGUUCGUAAUAUCUAUGUAAUGGGUGGCAAUUAUAGAGGCAAAGGUAAUUUAACAAAAUGUGCAGAAUUUAAUUUUAUGAUGGAUCCCGAAGCUGCUCACAUUGUAUUCGAAAGUGUCAAAGAACAUGUCAUAACUGUUCUGCCCUGGGAAUCUUGUGUGGACGGUGAAAUGAACUUAGAAAUGGACUGGCGCAUUAACGAACUGGGCAAAGUGGAGACAAAAGCAAUGCAACUUAUGAAUACGGCAGAAUAUGCGGUAUAUUUACCCAAAGGUUUAAUCAAAUGGAUUGUUUGCGAUGCCAUACUGGUGGCAGCUUAUUGUUUUCAAAAAUUGGCCAUUGCCAAACAACGUCUCUACCACGCAACAGUCGAGUUAAAUGGUACACAUACACGCGGUCAAAUGGUACUCGACCAUUUGCGUAAAAACAGGGAAAACGCCAAAGUUAUAAUGGAUAUGCACAAGGAGAACUACAAACAAAUUAUAUCGUGGACAGGUGGUUUAAUAGAUGAUGUAGAUAUGGAAAAAUGGAUUUUGGCGAAGAUGUAGAAGUAUACUUUAAAUGUAAAUGGUUUAACAAACAUAGUGGGAGCAAGCGUUGCAAUAUUUUAGCAAACAACUUGUUUUUAGAAUUUUAAUUUUUUUAGAGGUUAUGUUGUGGUACGAAAGGAUGUGGCAUAAAUAAUUAUUUUGUUUGAGUACUUUUAAAGUGCUGUUGCAUCCAAUGACACAAUUUGUCAACG